AUGAUGCCUCUCGAAAUUUGCGGCAAAAGAGAUGAAGCUCGUGAUUUUCAUAUAUUGUUGGGGAAAAAGAAGUCCAUUACUUUUUUGGUAGAUGGCUGUAGUGAUCGAUAUCUCAUAAAUUGUGAAUUACAGGAUGUUAAAAAUAGAAGUCAACAAAGAGAAAAUUUGGUACAUUUUACGUUUCGUCGAUUCCGUUCAGGUAUUUUUGAUGUUAAAGAUGCACUUCGCACAGGCAGGCCCGUCGUCGAAAGUGUCGAUAAAAUUACAGAAAUAAUCGAAGUUGACCGGCAUGUUAGUAGUCGUAGCAUCGCCCAGGAACUAAAGAUCGACCAUAAAACAGUUUUAAACCAUUUGCACAAAACUGGAUUUAAAAAGAAGCUCGGUGUUUGGGGGCCACACCAAUUAACACCAAAAAACAUAAUGGAUCGAAUUUCCAUCUGCGAAGCCUUGGCCAACCGGAAUGAAAUCGACCCAUUUCUUAAACGGAUGAUGACUGGGGAUGAGAAAUGGGUCACAUACGACAAUUUUGUGCGAAAACGAUCGUGGUCAAAGCGCGGUGAAGCAGCUCAAACGAUGGCCAAACCAGGACUAACGACCAGGAAGGUUCUGCUGUGCAUUUGGUGGGACUGA